UAAUGACAGCUGGACACUGAGGCGUUGGGACUGAAUGGAUGACAUGUCUCCGCAGCAGCAGCAGGACAACAAACGGCGGACGAAGUUUCAGGAUUACCGGCGUCAGUCCGCCCCGUCGCUGGUCAUCACCAAGGCCCUCACCAGGUCCAAAACUUUGUCCAGAGAGAGCGUCUCGUUCCCCACAUGUCCAGAAACCUGUCCGCUGGUCCGGUCCUUCCUGACCGGCUCUGAAAGGUUCUUCCUCCUCUACGGACACGCCCAGCUGAAGACGGGCAUGCAGACCCAGGACCGGCACCUCUUCCUCUUCAGCGACGUUCUGGUGAUCGCCAAAGCCAAGUCAGCCAACAACUUCAAGCAGAAAGACCAGGUGCGCGUGUGUGAGACGUGGACGGCAGGCUGUACGGACGAGGUGUGUGAGGGAAGCACGAACCCGGACCGGAGCUUCGUCAUGGGCUGGCCCACCUGGAACUGCGUGGCUCUGUUUAGCUCGGCUGAACAGAAGGAGAGAUGGCUUUCCCUCCUCAAGAGUCGGAUAAAAGAAGAGAAGGAGAAGGAGGAGCCGAAGACAAUUCCUCUGAGAGUUUACGGGAAGGGGCUGAACACUUUUGCCGUCACCAAGACACUUCCUGUCAGCAACUGGGACUCGGCCAAUGAGGUGAUCCGCCUGGCCCUGCAGCAGUUCGGCAUCAUAGGAAACGUCAAAGACUUCCAGCUGUGGGUCGUCUCCAAGAGGGACAACACACCUUACCCUCUGAUUGGUCAUGAGUUUCCCUUCAGCAUCCAGAUGAGUCACGUGAAAAGCUCAGCGGUUCAGGGAGGAGGCGGCCGGGACGCCGCAGCGCCCCCUGCUGACCGACAGAUGGCCAUGCAGGUGGAGCAGAUGCAGGUGUACAAGCAGUGUCAGUUCAUCCUGAAGCCCCGCCCUGCAGAACCCCCUCAGCACCACCCGCUCGCAGAUUUCUCCCAGAAGUCGUUCAAACGGCGGCGUUCGCUCGUGGGUUGGGCCUUCUGGAGAGGAUCGGCGUCUCACCUGAACGAGCCGCCGCCGGCCGGAGACGCUCCGGGCCGCCUGUUCGGCCGGCCGCUCAGCUCCGUCUGCGUGGACGGCGCUCUGCCCAAGCCGAUUAUGGACAUGCUGGUGUUCUUGUACCAUGAGGGCUGCUGGACCCGCGGAAUAUUCCGCAGGUCAGCCGGGGCGCGGGCCGUCAGAGAGCUCCGGGAAUCUCUGGAUGGCGGAGACUCUGAGCUUCCUCUCACCAAGGAGCACGUCUUCAUCAUCGCUGGAGUCUUUAAGGAUUUCCUGCGCAGAAUCCCAGGCAGCUUAUUGGGCUGUGAAGUGUAUGAGGAAUGGAUGGAUGUGUUGGAGGAAGAGGAUGAUGAGGAAGAACAGGUCCUAGACAUAAAGAGGAUGAUUGGUCGGCUGGCUAAGGAGAACGCGCUGCUGCUGCGCCACCUGCUGGCCGUGCUGCACGCCGUCCAGGUCAAAGCUCAGGAGAACCAGAUGACGUCCUUCAAUCUGUCCGUGUGCAUCGCCCCCAGUUUGCUGUGGCCUCCAGGAGCGCCUUGCAGUCCGGAGGUGGAGGGACGAGGAGCUAAAAAGGUGUGUGAGCUGAUCAGGUUCAUGAUUGAUCACUGUGAGCAGAUCCUGGGGGAGGAGCCGUCCAUCUUGUUCGGGGGGUUGCCAAGGAGACGCAGCAGAGAGGAGGGAAGUUUAGAGUCCUGGGUUUACCCUCUGACCGAUUCGUCCUACGACAGUCUGGAGAACGAGUUGGACGACAGCAGCGGCGGUUCUCCUGGUUUCUGCAGACGGCCUCUUCGACCAAGCAGCCUGGACUCCAUCUUGACGUUCAGCGACUACGACCAGGACCCAGAAGCCCCGACUGCUGAGACGUCGCCCUCCCUGGAAGCUCAGCAUUCCCAAAGGCGGCGCUGCUCAGAGCCCGCUAUAGCGUAUGCUGCCAGGUUCUGUCCCUACAUAUCUGCUGGUGAGGAGGGAGAGGAGGAGCUGGGUGAAGGUUCAAGCAGUGGUGGCGACAUGACGGGUGUAGUCAGUUUGUUCACUCUGUCAUCCCUGGAUCCCACCAACUCAAACCUGGCCAAACCAACUCAUCCACAGACUGUGUCUUCUAAAGAGGCUCUCCACAAGGGGGCGCUGAAAGGCCGCAUGGGCCUCCACCCCAACUCCUGGCUGAAGAAGGACAGGAGGCUUUCGCUGACUCAGCAAGAGAGUUUGGAGGAGGAGAGGCGGGCGGGUGGAGCCGCUAAACCCAAAUCGUCCCGCCGAGGCUCGAAGGACGCAGGAGACAAAGGGAACAUCCAAAACCCGCAGCAGGACUCACCCUCCAGCCCGUCCCUGCUCCACCGGACCGCAGGCGGCCUUCGCUUUCCCAAACCCGCCAGGCCGCCAGAAUCUUCCCUGACGAUUCAGAUGGGCAACAUGCUCAGCAACCCUGGAGGCAACGUCAACGUGAAGAGGAGCGAAGCGCCGUUCUUCUACAAGCCCGGGAGACCGGCUCUAUCCCUGUUCAGACAACCCAAAACUCCAACGGCGGAGGACUGCAGCAGCCGGCUGACUCGGCGCCGAGGCUCAGAACCAGAGCAGCGGAUCGCCGAUCAGGCCUCCGCCUUGUCCCGCACCAGGCUGCCCAGCGACCCGGGUCUGAAGCCGUCCCAUGCAGAUCAGCACGCCCGUUUCUGCCUCUCGCCCUGCGCCACCAAGGCAGUGAGGGACUACUUCUCCUCCCACCCGCUCAGCAAUCCCCAGAGCAGCCAGGAGGUGGCGCUGGCCCUGGCGGAGGGCCAACAGGAGUGGCUGAAGAGAUGCAGCGACGCCACGGCGGAGCCCGAUCUGGAGCAGCUUCUGUUUGCUGAAGAGUCUUACGUUUGAAAUUCAGUAACAGCAUCUAUCGUAUAUUAUUCAUUUAAAUAAUCAAAAUACCUUUUUAGAAUCCGUCAAAUCGUCUUGUGCUACAAGUUUCAGUUCUUAGUUUCGGUUGCUUAGUGCCUUUGAGUUAAAGAUUGUGAUAUCGGUGGGUAGUUUUCCAUCUUUGUAGAUGUCGCCAACUUUAAAAAUACCUGCUGUUGCCUUCCUUUAUCAAUAACUAAACUUAUAAUUGGAUUGAAAAGUAGUUCUACACAUUGGACUGAUAAUUUUAGCAGCAAGGUUUCAUGUUUUGCCAAAUAACAAUAAACUAGAAAUACUUUAGUCGUUCUCACAUUUAAAAACUUUUACACAAAGUGGUUUUAAAGUUAAAAAUGUAGCGUUGAAUAUUUCUACAUGAGGGCAACAUUAUGAAAUACUUUUGCUGUGGAUACAUGUCCAGUUCUUGACGGCCAUUUUUCUUUACAUGCUCUAUGUUGCCAAUGUUGCAGUUUUAAAACUAAGUAGAGUUAAAACGUUAAAUUAUCUAAGCUAAAAGGAAAACUCUGAUUCAGAAACUGCUUGUUAGAAAGGUGAUUUUUUUUUUAUUUCAGUUUUUAUACAUGGUGUGUUCUAGUCCUGUACAGUCUGAUAAAAUAGAUCUAUUUAGGACUAAUUUAAUAUUAAGGCAAUACAUUUUUUUUUUUUUUACAAUAUUUUAUGUUGACUUUAUUUUCUCCUGCAGAUGUGACAAAGUUUGGUUGGAGGAGCAUUUCUUGGUGAUUAAAAUUAUUACACCAGAUUAUAAGACAUUCAACUAAGCUAGACAGCAGUUUAUAACUCAUAAAUACAGUUGAUUUUAUACUAGAGACAAGUUUCUGUAAAAUCUCUGGUUACAGUUCGCAUUUUACUCUAGAAAAACGGUUUUAUAAAAAAA